CAAUACGCUCUCGAGGCAUGAAGCUUCUCUCCGUACUUUCUGCCAUGGGUAUCCCCUGCACUUAUAUCCUUCUGCCAUCCAUUGAAUCUGUCAUCACAGAGGUGUCGACAGUCUUAGCGGGCGCUCACUCCCUACAUUCGAACGGCGCUGUAUUUCCCGUACAGGCACGGCCCUCGUAGCUAUGAUGGCAAAACAAUACAGCGUUCCUGUCGUCGUUUGCUGCGAGACGUACAAGUUCGCGAAAACAAUCCAGCUAGAUAGUUUCACCAAGAACGAGCUCGCACCAGCUGGCGAUAUAUUUUCGUUCUUCCCCCUCACUCCGUCAAAAGAUACGCUCACCCUCAACAAACAGCCCAAUCUAGAGAUCCUCAAUCCGCUCUACGACCUGACGCCUCCUUCCACUAUCACAGCAGUCGUGACAGAAGUUGGAGUUAUUACGCCAAGCUCCAUCAGCUCGCGCUCGGUCGCACUACACUGUAACAUACCGCACCCGACGACGACGCGCAAGGUUCAGACUUUAACCUAGCUGCUCUGAAUCAUCAGGGGGCAUCAUUUCAUCACGGAUCGUUGAAUUCAUAAAGAUCGAGAAGUACUCAUGCGAUAUAUACAGUACUAAU